UUCUUUGAUUUUUCCUUGCAGUUGGGACUGGAAACACACUAGUACACUGUAGCUUAUGCCCCCUCAGUCCUCUCUCUCUCUCUCUGUAGACAAUGGAAGGUGGGCUUCCCAUGCUUAACUGUCUCUUACAGCACACACUUCGAAGCCUAUGCACAUGUUCAGAUUCAUCUAACUCUUCCAAAUGGGUGUAUGCAGUCUUCUGGAGGGUCUUGCCUCGGAAUUACCCUCCACCAAAGUGGGAUGAUCAUGGAGCAGGAGCACUGAAUCGCGCCAAAGCAAACAAUAGGAACUGGAUCCUUGUCUGGGAAGAUGGUUUUUGUGAUUUUUACGAAUGCGAACGAGCAGGAAGCGGAUACAUAAAGGGGAGAUUUGGAGCUGAUGUCUUCUUCAAAAUGUCUCAUGAGGUCUACAAUUAUGGAGAAGGAUUGGUGGGGAAAGUUGCAGCAGAUAAUAGUCACAAAUGGGUGUUUGGAGACAGUUCAAAUGAAAAUGACCCUACCUUCAUCUCCUCAUGGAAUGUAUCAAUUGACCCACAACCAAGGGCAUGGGAAGUUCAGUUCAAUUCAGGCAUUCAGACUAUUGCAAUCAUAUCUGUAAGAGAUGGCAUAGUUCAACUUGGCUCAUUUGAUAAGGUUGUUGAAGAUCUCAAUCUGGUGAUUAGCAUACAGAGGAAAUUCAGCUAUCUACAGAGCAUACCAGGAAUCUAUGCUAUACAAAGACCAUACCUACCCAGCCAACAUCCAUACACCUUCAAGCCCAACAAUCCCAAUAUCAUGUUGGAGACCAAUGAAAAAACUUUUAUAGACGAGUACAAGUGCCAACUAGCUGGAUCAAAAAGACAGUAUGUUGAAGAACAGAAUGACUCUCCAGUCAAAUCCAUCAACUUAGGCCACAACAGCCCACAAAAUGGGGUUGCUGAAUUAUCAGCUAUUUGGUCUAUUCCACCUCUCUUCCCUCCCAUGUCUUGCAGUCUUGGAGCUUUGUUAACAAAGUUGCCUUCUGUGGUACCAUCCGAUAACGCCACAGAAGCUCUUGAGAGCCCUCUAGAAAACAAAAGCACUGGCAUUAAGAGUGGAAGUUAUGUUAAAGUUGAUGACAGUGGUGGAGUGGGUGAAAUUGAAAUUACUGAUAAUAAUUGGAGAUCAUCAUGUGUUACAGGCAGCUCAAGAAGCAAAACAAAGUACCUUAAACCCUAAUUUAGGGUUGGUAGAUGAGGUGGGGGUGAAAUUAGGGUCUGGACCCUUGAGGGAAGACCAGAGUGCAGUAAAUCUCAAUUAAUUUUGAACGCCAAAUUGCAUUUACUCCAUGAAUAUGAGGUUGAUAGACUCAAAACUGUUUAUGCUGCAAUGUACUUAUAUUCAAUACUGAAAUGGUAAUGAUUUACAACCCCUUUUUCUGUUAGUAUUCUUGAUUUUUAAGAAUUGUGAUAGAUAAGUGUUGGCUUAAACACCGUUACAUUGUAUGCUCAUAUGC